CGAGGGCUCAGGGCACGCUCAGGGUGCGACAUGCCGCUCGAUUUCGGCUUUUUAUCAAACACAGCUGAUACAUGAUUACUUGAUGCCGCAGGUGAUGCCGUUCGGAGCUAGAGCUAACUGCAUUAUCUUUCUUCCGGACUAUGAUGUACGUCAUCCCAAUUUUGCAGCUCCAAGCAAAGCGCGCUCGGCUCGACCCCCUUCGCAAGAAUCUUUACACUAACCCAUAGACCCGCCCGGAUUUUCCAUUGUAACGUCGCUUUCCGACAAUGGCCCACGCAUCCAGCUCCAAGCUGCCUCCCACAGGCAUCAUGACCGGCACCCACAGCGGGGACUCAGCUCCGCGCCACCCGAGGCCAAGACCCCUCGAAAAGUGCAGUGGCUCGAUCACACAAUUGGAGACAGCCCAGCAGGAUCGACGCAUGCAUUAGAUGAGCAGGGCAUCGACCCGACCUCGUUUCAAACCUUGACAACCGCUCUCGAGCGACACAAGUCGCAGGAAGGCCCGGGCCGCGCACUAAUUACUUCUCAGCCCCUCGACGCACUGGAACCGCCGCUCUCUCCAUUGACACCGAUCAACCGCCCGUGUCCAAUGAGCACUCCGCGCAGAAAUCGACUGCUACCACGCCAUCAGAGGGAGCUCCGUCCGGUCCGCCUUCCCCCACGCGAGAUAUACCCGGCAACUACAUUGGCGGAUACGAGACUGCCGGUCUGCCCAAUUCGACAAACAUCGAGGAGACCGCGCAUCGUGUCGCUAGCAAUGUCGUCCGUUCGCAUACUCGGAAAGGCUUCAUGGGCGGAUUCGGAGAGCGGCGCAGACGACACAACGCCGAGAAGGCCGCAGCGGCCACUGCUUCAGAGGACAAGACGGUCCCAGACGAUAUGGAGAAAAGCGCAGCCACGGCUGCACCUAUGAACGCUCCCCUCGGCGGCGGUGUUCUUAGUGCUCUGCUGAAUCUCUACAACCAGCAGAACGAGUCGAUGUCUCUGCCCUCCACUCCUGGUCUCGAGCCACUGAACGAGCUACCGUGGAUCACGCCGCCCCAAGUGACCCGAAAGCAGAGUUCCCCCGAUUCGCAGACCAGUGUUAGCCCACCGCUAUCAAAAAGCGCUACUGCGGCAGACGACAGUAUCGGACGUUCACAUCAUUCUCGUGCCGGGUCAACCGCUUCGCUGUCCAAAUUCAGCAUUCUGCCACAGAAGCCGAAGUCGAAGUCUGGAGCUCUGGGUGCUUUGAUCGCAAGCACAGGCAACAUCAGUGGGGCUGCAGCUCCAACUUCCAGCCAGCUCGCUCCUAACAUCAAACGCCCCGGAUACCAUCUCUCACGGUAUUCCUGGGACGAGGAUGUACCCAAAUAUAGCGCGAAAGUGGAGCGCCCCAAGAGCCUACCACCUGCACAAUCUAGCACUGCCGAACAGGCGAUACCGGCAUCCGAACACAGGAACUCCAAGCUGUCAGAGCUAGCUGGCUCGCUCGCCAGCAAACGCGGAUGGCAGGAGAAGCUGAAGGACAUCGAGCAUCUGACGUUCGGUGGGCGGAGCGGCAAGAGCACGCCGGGGCAAACCACACCGUCGACUAGCAUGACGGACCGCGACGAGUGGCUGGACGAGAAGGCCGUUCGCGACCAGGAGCAGCACAGGCGGGAAAAGCGUCGGAAGCGCAAAAAGGCCGAGGUCUAUAUCACUCGCCACGUCGCCCAGAUCAUCCAGCGCCAGGAGUUCAUCCUCAAGCUCGCGCGGGCGAUGAUGAUGUUCGGUGGACCCAGCCAUCGCCUGCAAGCUCAGAUCCAGUCUACAGGUCGCGUGUUGGAUAUUCAAGUCAACUGCAUGUACCUUCCGGACGUCAUCCUCAUCAGCUUUGACGACAGCAGCACCGGGACGAGCAACCUCAAGUUUAUUCGACAGGCCAGCUCUCUGGAUCUCGGCAAGCUGCCGGACGCGUAUUCUAUCUACUGGAAGGUUAUUCACGACGAAAUCUCCGUCUCUGAGGCAUCCAGCGAGCUGGACAACUUGAUGGUCAAGAGGCAGCUGUACAACUGGUGGCAGCUUGUGCUUACUGGUGGAUUCUGUUCCUCUGCCAUCUGCACUGUCAGUUUCGGCGGUAGCUUCAUCGACGCUCUGAUGUCGUUCCCACUUGGUGCAUUGCUGGUUGCGAUUCAGCUUAUCAGUGUCCGCAACGAACUGUACUCCAACAUCUUCGAGAUCACCAUGGCCACGUUGUUCAGUUUCAUCUCGGCCGCGCUCGCUGCGACGCACAAGUUCUGCUACUCUGCCAUCGCGUCCAGCUCAGUCGUGCUCAUCCUGCCUGGAUUCAUCGUGCUCUGCGGCUCGCUCGAAAUCAUGUCGCGAAACAUCGUCUCUGGAUCCGUGCGGAUGUGCUACGCGGUCGUGUAUUCGCUCUUCUUGGGCUUUGGACUCGCCAUGGGCGCCGAGGCGUACCAGCAGAUGACUGGCCACCCCAUCAUUGGCAGCACCGAUUACACUUGCAGCCAGAGUCAUGAUCCGUCUGGGCCCUGGUACCAGCGCACGCCAAGCGAAUUCUGGGCAUUCCUGACAGUCCCCAUGUACUCUCUCUUCUUGAGCAUGCGGAAUCAGGCUCCGUGGAAUAGCCGACAAAUGCUACUCCUGAUUGCGAUAGCGUCCAUCGGCUGGGUCACCGACCACUUCACGUCAACCAAGUUCCCGAAUCAGACAGACGUUGGUGCUGCUGUUGGCGCCUUUGCGGUUGGCGUCGUUGCCAACGUAUACGCCCGGUUCUUCUCCGGCAACGCCUUCGUCAUCAUGAUCACUGGCAUCCUCUUCCAACUUCCCUCGGGCCUGGGCAAUGGCGGACUGCUCACUUACGCGUCCCAGAAGACCGCUGACACAACGAACUCCUACCUGUCUGGGUUCCAGACCGCCCUGCAGCUCAUCUCAGUCGCGAUCGGGCUGGCUGUCGGCCUUGGUCUCUCGCUCGUCGUGGUCCAUCCGUUCCAGUCGAAACGGCGGGGCGGUGCAGUUUUCAGUCUCUGAGCGGCACGGACCGUAGCAUAGCAGAGCAGACCAUAUGUAUACUACUAACCAGCAUGUGUUGUAAUUGGGAAUGUAUCCUUGUAGAUUUAGAUUUAGACUUAGAUUUACAUCUGGACGUUGGGGGUGCCAGGCAAUGGAUAAACGGUCUUGCCAAUUUGCUGGAGCGGAGAUUUCCUUUUGGAGACAGGGGUAUUCGGACAAGUGCAUGAGAGAG